AUGGUUGCUGGGCAAGUGUUGAACAGUGUGGAGAAUUCCGGUGAAGGAAUCUACAAUGCAAUGUCGAUGUCGAAUCUGGCGGCAAAUUUUUUAAAAAUGUGGUGGAGUGGAUCUGGAAAUGAAGGCAUCUAUUCCGUGUGCAUCAUGUCUCAAAAUUGGUACGACGUAGACUACGGAAUAUUUUUUCACUUUCCGGUUUCUUUCGACAAACCAGGCGAGUAUACAGUCAUCACGGAUCUAUCCUUAACUUGGGACGUCCAAUACAACAUACGCAGAAUUAUUACGGCAUACAUUCAGCAUAUGGUUGAAGCAUUAUUCAAGAGAGCAACAAAAGUUAAUACAUAUAUUGCCGCACUUAAUACUGAUAAGAAAAAUGAUGCCACUUGUGAAUAUCCGGUUGCUGAAUUUGCAUCUGACACAAUUGUUGAUAAAUACGGGACUCUGGACUCUCGUUAUGGUUCAAUCUUGAAAUGA